AUGAAGCUGCUAUCCUACGGUUGUCUCAUUAGUCUUGUUACUUCGGCUACAAGUGGAGUCGUAUCUGGACAAGAGCUACAUGAAGAUUUCACUGCCAUCAACUCAAGCUCCAAAGUCUCGAUUGCGGCCGCAGAUCCCCAACUUGCUGUCGACACACCGCCACCCCCAGACCAUGACUCCAUAUGGCACAAGGCUUAUUGUCGCGGCGCCGCCCUUGUCCGAGCCAUGUCCCUCGACGAAGAAGAAAGCAACACGAUGCUGCAAUGGCCUUACACACAAAGUCCUUGGGACGGCGAUCUAAAGCCUGAACUGAGAAAAUGGGGCUGGCUCGACAACGAAGAGGACAACACGAACAUCGACGAUUCGUGUGACUUCGAUGAGAAGUUGAAGAUGAAGAACACUUUCGACGCUCUCGGUGUUGACACGCGACCGGCGGGGAAGGGUGGACCGAAUCAUUGCUUCAGAUUACAGCAUAGCAAUGGGCCUACGGUCAUUCGAGACAAAAAUGGCAAGAUGCCUUAUUUGUCCAGUCAGCGUUACGAGGCAGAUGGGAAGACGUACAGGGUCACCGACGCCUACAGCACCGUAGGCAUAAACCGCAACGACGGUAUUCUCUACUUCCUCAACCGAAUGUCACCUGAGCAAGGAGCCGCAGAUCUCUGGAAUUUGAGACCGGAACAAGUCGAUAAAGCCGAUUUGCCCAAGAUCCGCUCGAGCUCUGACUUAGCUUGGGCGCUCUGGAACAGGGUUCCAGGAGAACCAAUGAUCAAAAUGAUCAUGGCUCUCCAGAUUGUUAAUACGCAAACGGCUGAGACGAUCAUACCGAAGGCUUUGGAGGCGGUGGGAGAAACAGAGCUGAAGAGAUGGCCGGGAACGGAGAUUGUUGUUGGGUCAGAUAAUGACGCUGAGGCUGAAGCUGCUCUUGCGCUUAUUGGCUCGCCCAAUGGACUCGGCGCUGGCUACUUUCUUCUACAACACAAAAGGCAGCUCGGUGGCGCAAAUUUCAUCUACAAGAUCACGAUAUUUAGAAACGAUGGCGAUGAGUUUGAUGAUGAGCCUAAUCUCAUUUUUCACGUUGACAAGAAUACAACACCGAUGCCGGAUGUGGAAGACACUCCUGGUGCGCCGGAGAAACCGGCGGAGAAGGGUAGCGCGGCGGUUCGAGAGGGUAAGGUAGUGAGGAGGAGUAGGGAUGGGAAGAAUUUGGUUAGAGAACAUGUCGUUUGGGCGAAGCUUUGA